AUGCCCAAGACCAGCGGCCGCCAGAUGGUCAUUGCCGAGGUGAUCGACCUCCUCUCCCUUGCGGUCCUCGAAGAUGAGCUUGACGAAGACGCUGGAGGCUCCUCUCCGUUUGAUGACUGGGCCGAGUGCUUUUCGGUGGAGUCGACGAUUAAGGACCACCGCGUGUUUCAGAAUAACAGCGACCACCCUCAAGUCCCAAUAUGGCUGCGGCUAGCGGUCACACUCGAUCGUCUAGGUACGACUGCAAAUGGGUCGUCAUUGGGCCUUGGCACGGGUACGCUAGACGUCUUUACGGCUCGCAUUACGAUUGCGUUGAUCGACAUGUCCGAUGAAUACAUCAAGUGGCCGAGUCCAGACGAGCGAAGCCAAACAGCGCGUCGAAUGAGGCGAGAAGGCUUCCCGGGGUGCGUCGGGUUUAUUGACGGGACAACGUUCCCUUUUGUGCAGAAGCCAGGGGUUGAUGGCCAGUGCUUUUGUAAUAGAAAGCAUCGGUACAGCUUAAAUGGGCAAGUUGUUUGUGAUGUCCACCGUCGCAUCAUCGCAUUCUACAGCGGAUGGCCCGGUUCAUGUGCUGAUAGCACUGUGUAUCGCGAGAUGGCGUUGCCCAAUUACGGCUACAAGCGCCAGUUCUUUAGCGAAGGCUAUCGAUGGUCGUCCCUGAGAGAGCCGCGAGUCCAGAUCAAGAUAAAAGGAGAUAUCGAGCGAGUGCUGCGCUGGAUAAAUGCCUGUGUAGUGCUGCACAACCUGCUGAUCGAUAUCGCAGAUGACUGGAGUUCGUCUGGAGAAGAAUCGUCAAGUUCUGAUGAAGACGACCUGGAAUGGGAUGACGACGACACGUUUCCAUUCCGCGGCAGACUGAAAGCGCAUUCCCUGACACGGGGUCGCGAGGAGGGAGUUAUCCAAUGGUAUCGAGGCAAGUAG